CCCUGGCAGUAAGGCAGCCAUGGCAAACCUCUGCCCAGGAGAUAUUAUUCUGGCCAUUAAUGGAGAGAGCACGGAAAACAUGACACAUCUGGAAGCACAAAACAAGAUCAAAGCCUGCAUGGACCAGCUCCUCCUCUCUGUGAACAGAGCUGAAGGGAAGACCUGGUCACCUCCUGUGCUAGAAGAUGGAAAGGCCCAAGCUUACCGGAUCAAUAUAGACCCAGACCUGCAGGAUAAUGGGCCUGUGCUGAACAAAAAGCCGAUUCCCUCUCCUGGUGGAGGGACCCCCGUGGAUAACAAACAGAUGUUGAAUUUGCAGUACAAUAACCCGACCCGACUCUACGCGAACAGCAGCGCCGAGCCGGGUUUGCCAGCCCAGCUGAGCGGGCUCCACAUCGCUCCUUCCCAGAGCAUCGACCCCUUAAAGUCGCUCCCAAGAAACAGAAACGGGAUUGAUGUGGAGUCAGAUGUCUACAAGAUGCUUCAGGAUUAUGAGAAGCCGGUUUCGGAGCCUAAGCAGUCUGGAUCCUUCCGGUAUUUGCAGGGCAUGUUGGAAGCUGGAGAGAACGGUGAAAAACUCACGCGGUGCGGGAACGGGAUCGUGGGCACCAUCGUGAAGGCGCGGGACAAGCUCUACCACCCCGAGUGCUUCAUGUGCGACGACUGCGGCCUCAACCUCAAGCAGAGAGGGUACUUCUUCAUCGAGGAGCAGCUCUACUGCGAGACGCACGCCAAGGAGCGGGUGAAGCCGCCCGAGGGAUACGACGUCGUGGCCGUUUAUCCCAACGCCAAAGUGGAACUGGUCUAA